UGGGGCCAAGAGGGGAGGAGGGAAGCAGGACGGAGAAAGAAGCCAAAGCAGGGCUUAUAUCCCAGUUAACCUGCUGGAGCUCAUCCUGCUUUUUCUGAGCGCUGCACCAACUCACCCAGUUCCCUCUCUCCUUGGAUGUCUUCUUCCCCCCUUUCUCUUCUUUUCUCACUGCACCCUGCAUUCUCUACCCACUCCCCCACCCAUCAUUUCUGCAUCUGACCAGAGGACGAAUGAGGGAGACGUUCCAGCAAAUCGAGGUAGCAACUUUCCUCAGCUGGUUUCUGAGCUCCAAGAGCGGGAUCCUGCUGAUUCUUGGAGGUAUGCAGCCCAUGGAGGAGGAGGAGGGAGAGCAGUGAUGGGCUAAGGACCGGUGCAUGAAGCCCCAAGCAGCUCAGUCUCACAAGCCCACUCCACGUCCCCACGCGGGUUCCCUCCAUCUCGCUCUCCUGAGAGCAGAGAGUGCGCGGCGUGCAGCCUGAGAGCAUCCAGGGAGGAUGAGGUGGGGACCCAGCCCAAGUUGGGUGCAUCUCGCGGGCGUGAGGCCACGACUGUGUCUCGGCAUGAAUUAAGAAGCUUGGAAGAUGGAGCGCGGCACAGUCCUCAUCCAGCCCGGGCUCUGGACCAGGGACACCAGCUGGACACUCCUCUAUUUCCUGUGCUACAUCCUCCCUCAGACCGCCCCGCAAGUGCUCAGGAUCGGAGGGAUUUUUGAAACUGUGGAAAAUGAGCCCGUUAAUGUUGAAGAAUUAGCUUUCAAGUUUGCAGUCACCAGUAUUAACCGAAACCGAACAUUGAUGCCUAACACCACAUUAACCUAUGACAUCCAGAGAAUUAAUCUUUUUGAUAGUUUUGAAGCCUCCCGGAGAGCUUGUGACCAGCUGGCUCUUGGUGUGGCCGCUCUCUUUGGCCCUUCCCACAGCUCUUCUGUCAGCGCUGUGCAGUCUAUUUGCAACGCUCUGGAAGUUCCACACAUUCAGACUCGCUGGAAACACCCUUCGGUGGACAACAGAGACUUAUUUUACAUCAACCUCUAUCCAGAUUAUGCAGCUAUCAGCAGGGCAGUCCUGGAUCUGGUCCUCUAUUACAACUGGAAAACUGUGACUGUGGUGUAUGAAGACAGCACAGGUCUAAUUCGCCUGCAAGAGCUCAUCAAAGCUCCUUCCAGAUACAACAUUAAAAUCAAAAUCCGCCAGCUGCCCUCUGGGAAUAAAGAUGCCAAACCUCUGCUCAAGGAGAUGAAGAAAGGCAAAGAGUUUUAUGUGAUAUUUGAUUGUUCCCACGAAACGGCUGCUGAAAUCCUUAAGCAGAUUUUGUUCAUGGGCAUGAUGACUGAAUACUAUCACUACUUCUUCACAACCCUGGACUUGUUUGCUUUAGAUCUGGAACUCUACAGGUACAGUGGUGUAAAUAUGACUGGCUUUCGGUUGCUGAAUAUUGACAACCCUCAUGUGUCAUCCAUCAUUGAGAAGUGGUCCAUGGAAAGGUUGCAGGCUCCACCCAGACCUGAGACUGGUCUUCUGGAUGGCAUGAUGACAACUGAAGCAGCUCUGAUGUAUGAUGCUGUGUACAUGGUAGCCAUUGCUUCCCACCGUGCCUCACAGCUGACGGUCAGCUCCCUACAGUGCCAUCGACACAAGCCAUGGCGCCUUGGACCCAGAUUUAUGAACCUGAUCAAAGAGGCUCGAUGGGAUGGCUUGACUGGGCGUAUCACCUUUAAUAAGACCGAUGGCUUGAGAAAGGAUUUUGACCUGGACAUUAUCAGUCUCAAAGAGGAAGGAACUGAAAAGGCUGCUGGUGAAGUGUCUAAGCACUUGUAUAAAGUGUGGAAGAAGAUUGGGAUUUGGAACUCCAACAGUGGGCUGAACAUGACAGACGGCAACAGAGACAGGUCCAACAAUAUCACGGAUUCGCUGGCCAACCGAACACUCAUUGUAACCACUAUUCUGGAAGAGCCCUAUGUGAUGUACAGGAAAUCCGAUAAGCCCCUAUACGGCAACGACAGAUUUGAAGGAUAUUGCCUGGAUCUGCUGAAAGAAUUGUCAAAUAUCCUGGGUUUCCUUUAUGAUGUCAAACUAGUUCCUGAUGGCAAAUAUGGGGCCCAAAAUGACAAAGGAGAGUGGAAUGGGAUGGUCAAAGAACUCAUCGACCACAGAGCUGACCUCGCAGUGGCCCCUCUCACCAUCACCUAUGUCAGGGAGAAGGUCAUAGACUUCUCCAAGCCCUUCAUGACCCUGGGCAUUAGCAUCCUUUACCGGAAGCCCAAUGGAACCAACCCGGGUGUUUUCUCUUUCCUCAACCCCCUGUCUCCAGACAUUUGGAUGUAUGUGCUGCUGGCCUGUUUGGGAGUCAGUUGUGUGCUCUUCGUGAUCGCAAGGUUUACACCCUACGAGUGGUAUAACCCCCACCCAUGCAACCCCGACUCCGAUGUGGUGGAAAACAAUUUCACUUUGCUAAAUAGUUUCUGGUUUGGAGUUGGAGCUCUCAUGCAGCAAGGAUCAGAGCUGAUGCCCAAAGCUCUAUCGACCAGAAUAGUUGGAGGAAUAUGGUGGUUUUUCACCCUAAUCAUCAUUUCAUCCUACACUGCCAACCUGGCUGCCUUCUUGACAGUAGAGAGGAUGGAAUCUCCCAUCGAUUCCGCAGAUGAUCUGGCCAAACAAACCAAGAUAGAAUAUGGAGCAGUCAGAGAUGGUUCAACAAUGACCUUCUUCAAGAAAUCAAAGAUAUCCACCUAUGAGAAGAUGUGGGCUUUUAUGAGCAGUAGACAACAGAGUGCACUGGUUAAAAACAAUGAUGAGGGGAUCCAAAGGGUGCUCACCACCGACUAUGCCCUGCUGAUGGAGUCCACCAGCAUUGAGUAUGUGACACAGAGAAACUGCAACCUCACUCAGAUUGGGGGCCUCAUAGACUCCAAAGGUUAUGGAGUGGGAACGCCUAUAGGCUCUCCUUACCGGGAUAAAAUCACAAUUGCCAUUCUUCAACUGCAAGAGGAAGGGAAGCUCCACAUGAUGAAAGAGAAGUGGUGGCGGGGGAAUGGCUGCCCUGAGGAAGACAGCAAAGAAGCCAGCGCCCUGGGAGUGGAGAACAUUGGGGGCAUCUUCAUUGUUCUGGCUGCAGGACUUGUCCUUUCUGUGUUUGUAGCCAUUGGAGAAUUUAUAUACAAAUCACGGAAGAACAAUGAUAUUGAGCAGGCUUUUUGUUUCUUUUAUGGACUACAGUGUAAACAAACCCAUCCGACCAACUCCACUUCCGGGACUACUUUAUCUACAGACGUAGAAUGUGGCAAAUUAUUACGAGAGGAAAAAGGGAUUCGGACACAGUCCUCAGUCCAUACUGUAUAAUUGAGUUUUUCAAAAGGUGUUGCCAGUAGCAUUGUUUGUAAUGAGUGUUGUUUGUGAUAGCAUCUACUAGGUAGAAGUAGCUGUCAUGACCUUUCCCUUUAUAUUAACAAAAUGUAUAUAUACCACUCCAGGCACUCCACUCGGGCCUCUGGAACAAAUGUGCACUAUGUACUGAUGCAGGAUUUUAGGGGAAUAUAGACUCCAAGAUGCAUAUAUACACAGGAAACUAUUCUGUCCAAAACUGUUAUCUCUGUGCUUUCUUUAUUAAUUAAAAAUAAAUGACCCUUUCUUCAUAAACAAAAAUUGAGACACAACAGGGCAAAGCAUGGGAAAAUGCUAGUUCUGUACACUUCUUUUCAUCUUUUCAAACCUUCUCCCCUCCUUCCCUCUGUCUCAUGUGUUCUCUAGACAUAUAUAUUCCAAAUUUCCUUUAGCCAUGUGUUCUCAAUAAGUAUACAAGUAACUCCAUAACACUGUUCAUUUUUAAUUAAAUUAGUCCCAAGCUUUCAAAUGCAUUAUUUACCCAAAAUCUCAUGUCCUGGCCCUUAAAAAUUCAGAAACCAUCUCUGAAAGAAUAGUGGUUGAACUUGAAUGUAAAGGGGGAUUACGGAUUACCUAAUAUGAGCCUCUCUCAGGGAUGGGAGGCACAGUGAAAAAUGAUUUCUGAAUAGAAACUCAACAACAUCAGGCUUUCAAACAGCAGUUAGCAGUCAUUUGUAGGUGCAGAACUGUUAAGAACCUGAUUUGCUUUCAAGCUAUAUAUGUAUAUAUUUCCUUGAAGAGCCAAGCAGAGUCCUAAACUAUGAACUAAUUCAUGGCAUCUUCUGUUUGCUGCUCACCCAAACUCAGUCUUUGCAACGAUAAACAUCUUCUCACACAUUAUUGAAUUCCCUUCCCACUCACCCAAGAUAGAGUAGCUCUUCUUGAAGCCAUCUUCUCUGAGCCUUGCCAAAUUCACAUUCAUUUCCCUGGACCCAUCACCAUUAUUAAUACAUUCCAAGUGUGCUGUCAAGAAGGGCAAGGUGGAGAAAAUAAAUACCAGAGAGAAUUUCCAUAUGCAUUAGUUACAGAUCUCUGCAGAUUUAUUUUCUACCUGCAUUCAAAGUGCUGGGAAUAAUCCCUGCACUAGCUCAGCUUGGUGACAUAGAAGCCAAUGGCAUGCUUAAUUUGGUGUGACAGGGAAUGUCUGCUGUUUGCGCUGAGUUCUUUCCCCCUUUGCAGGGAGUAGGGGAGAUGAACAGCCCUUUCAUCUCCUCUCAAUAUGGAAUCAGUUGGUCUUUGUUCUCCACCAAGAGAUUAUCUCUUGUCAUAUCAAGUGAUCCCCAGGAAUAUGUUCCAGAGAAGGCGUUGUUUGGCAUCUGGGCAGUCACGUUGCAUGACCUCGCUUAGCUUUAAAUGGGUUCCAGGAUUUUAGUCACAAUUCUUUCUAACCAACCUUAUACUUCCUCAGUAAAGCAUGAGCAAAAAAUUUGACUCCUGCAAUGAUUGUUUCUCAGCCUUGUUCUUUAAAUAAAUGAGCUCUUAUGAAAAUAUCUACUAUUUAUUUACUGUUAUUAAAGUAGAAAAAGUCUACUAUGUGUCACUGAUCGAACUUAUAUUUUCAGAAUCAAGAGAAUUAAAUAUCAGGCGUGAUAAAGGCUCCAUGAUUCUUAGUUUCAUGACAUUGAUUCAGCAUACACAAUCUACAAACUACUUAAGUUUAUUUCCUAAGAACUAUUUAAAUAUACUAAAGUGGCUACAAAAAUUUUUGAGUCCUUGAUGAUAUGGAAAAGUCAGACUGGCAAUAACCAGCAAAACUCACUUUUCCGCACAGGCUAUCCUUUAAAAGUUUGAUUCAGAGGUGAAUAAAGAAGUAAUUUCUUUCAAAAGUUAACCUUAGGAGAGUUUGGAAUAUAGCUUGAUUGACAUAAUGCUUGUCUAGCAUGCAUGAAGCCCUGUGUGGUAUUUCCCAGUCCCAAUUAUGCAUAAAACCAUGUGUGGUGGCACAAAUCUGUAGUCUCAGCACUCAAGAAAUGGAGGCAGGAUGAUUCGAAAUUCAAGAUCAUCCUUUACUACAUACUGAGUUCAAGGGAAUGCCUAGACUACAUGAGACCCAGUCUCAAUAAAUGAAUAAAUAAAUGGUAUUUUGGUAUUGUUUUAGAUUGUAUACUAUCUAAUUCUAAUAUUUACACAGUAUUUUAUGUUUUUAAAAUGCUUGCCCAUACAACAUUACAUUUAAACCUUUCAGCAAUUUUAAUCCAGCUUUAUUAUCAGAAAUAACAGCUAUUAGAGUCCUGAACCUUGAGUUAUGACAUUAAAAUUAAAAGAGAAUUUUAUAAAAAAGCCAAACUUGAAUUCAAGCACAGCUUUGUGUAGAAUCACUGUAGAUGACAUACUAAGCAUCUCCUAGCUUCAGUUUUCUAGUAUCUACCACCAGGAAAUCAUUUCUAGAAUACAAGGUUGCUCUGAAGCAUUUUUCAAAAUAGGUGCCACUGGAAAGUGCUUCCUCAAUGAAGUUUUCAUGAUUAAAUAACUCAAGGGAACCACACUCUACAUUCUCUUACCUGAAGGGAUUUUAGUAUAUUUAAUAUGUUGUCAUGGAUGGAGAAUUUCCAACCUAUUCAGUAUCUCUCAAGCUCUUAGGUCAUAGUGCUCUUUCUAUAAAGCACCUGGCAAGACCAGUAUCAUCCACAUGACUCUCUAGGGAACACAGGUAUGGUAAUAUCAAUGAUAUGUGAUAUUACCACAAUAUCACUGAUGUCAAUCCCUAUGAUGAUGUGGAAGACACUUUACAGUGUGUGGUUUAUAAACCAUUUGACAAUUACUCAUCAUUUGGAGUCAAGUUUCAACUUCUCUAAGCUUCAAUUUCCUUAUUUAUAGAAUAAAAAUGAUGAUUUACUAUAUAUACCAUGAGAAUUAAAUGAAGUCAUAUCAUGGCAUAAAAAAUAAAACCACUUAUAAAAUCUUGAUAAUAAAUACUGGUCAACAAAUAUUGCAUUCUAUAGAAAAAUUAAAUCUCUCUCUGGUCACAUGAACAGUAAGAAAAUAAAUUUAGCACCUUAAAACAAACCCAGAUUUAGAAAACAGGAUUAUGAAUGUAGACAUACAACUCUAUCCAGUUUUCCCUGCAUACAUGUUAAAAAAUGAAUGGCAAAUUCACUAUACUCAAGAGAAGGGCCUGAAUAGGUAAGAUAUGAGGAUGUAUACAGUAGGAGCUCUGAGUCCUCUUUCCAGACAUUCUAUUUUAAUUAGUCUGAAGUUAGGCCAAGGCAAUUAUAAUGAUUUGAGGUGCUCAAUUGGUUCUAAUAGUCAAGAAGAAUUAAGAUUCAGUAAUCUAAGCACUAGCUAAUGGAUGUAAUUGGACCCAAUAAAUGGUUGCUUUUUUUUUUAAUGAAUUGACUCAGACUAAAAAUAGAGCCACCAACUCUAAAAGAGAGAGAGAGAGAGAGAGAGAGAGAGAUUAUAUAUUUAGCAUCUGAUAUUCAAUGGUCUCUUUAUAUUGAUACUCAAAGAAGAAAUUGCGUAUCUUUUAAGACAGAAACUUCAUGAUAUUCAACUGAUAAUCUCUACAUGUUUUUCUGGUAAAACAUAGAGCUAUCCCCAUUCAAAAUUACCAAGUAAGUAGUUUGUUGCUGCUUUGAGCCUUUGUAGGUUUUUCCACACGACUCUUCUUUUAUCCAUCCUUCAGAUAACCAGUUCCUGUUGCUAUGGAAAUAACUGCAAAGACCACAUUGACCUCCACAGGGUCCAUUGCAUUUUAAGUGAAAUUUAGAACAAAAGCCAUCAGACUGUAUUGACAUCAUUAGUUCAGAGAAUUUAGUGUCAAUCACAAUCAUCUGGGGGAGUGAAUUGCAGUUCCUACCCUCGAGCUCCAUAUGUUCACUUUGGUGGACACAGCCAGGAAUCUGCAUGCUUCGUAAAGCCUGGGAAAGAAUAUUUAAGAUUAGUUAAGAAUUUCUAUUUACAAUUAUUAGAGCAUUCUGGGAAUAGUUUCCAUUAAAGUUAGCUUGGAUGGAUCAAUUUUCUCCAAAAUUAUGCCAUACACAUGAGUUUUGAACCAUCUUGAAUGCUAGGGAUUUUUUUUAAUCAUUUUUCUUACAUGAAUUAUUUUGCGAUAAUCCUGGGUAUAGUUGCUUUACUUUAAAAGACCUGGCGCACAUGGGUUUUUAUAAAAACUACCUUGAACAUAACAGUUUUGUCAAGUUAGAUGGUAAUCAUGAAUUGUUAUAAAACAGUAGCAGGUUGUGGGUUUUAUUUUUAAAAUGUGAUUAAAGUCAGGUAGAAAGGUAUUGAAAGAUUGAACGAAGGCAUUAACAAUAAUAACAAUGUUAUGCUAAUUAGUUUCUUCAUAAGUCUGUCAGUUACCUAAUCCAAAGAGGAAAAAAAAUAUACAGCUUCAUAUUAUACUUUUCUGUUAUAGACUAAAAUUAUAAAUUGAAUUUUAACAUUUUUUAGCAGAACUACAUAAGAAAUAUGAAAAUCCCUGGAUUUUUAUGAUUAUAAACUUAUGCAAGGAAAAUCAUUUCCAAAAGGCCUCACUAUAUUUGACAAGCAUUGUAUUUAUGAGCUAUAAUGCAAUACCACAAUAAAUUUCAAUUAAUUUCCAAGCACAUGGUGUUUACCCUACAAGGUCUGUUUACUAGUAAGCCUGAAUAACAUGUAAAAGCAAGAGGAAGGGAUGCAUUCUUUCCGUACUGCUUUCUGUCCAUGCAGUUGUUGCAAAUAGCACCACUAAUUAACCCCUUGCAGAGAGUAAAGAGUCUCUGCUGGCUGCUGACAUUGUAGCUCACCUGUAGGAACCAUCUUAUAGUGCUUCUCACAUCUGCAGAAUUUUAUGUCCAGAUUACAGGAACUAAAGCCAUUACAACUUUUAAAAUUCCUUCCAUAGAAACUGGUAAUACGGCCAGGCAGUGGUGGCACAAGCCUUUAAUCCCAGCACUUGGGAGUCAGAGGCAGGCCUAGUCUACAAAUAGAGUUCCGGGAUAGCCAGGACUGUUACACAGAGAAACUCUGUCUCAAAAAACCGAAAA